AUAAAAAUCAUCUUUCAAUUCAUUCACUCUUCCUCUCCGUUUCUCGUGACUCUCUCUCUCUUUCUCUUUCUCUUUCAGACCCACAAAUCUAUUUUUCCCACCAAAAAAACCCUUCAGAAAAAGAAACCCCUUUUUCCAUUUCUCUCUUCUAAUCUCAUUUUCCUUCUUCUUUUUCUUCUUCCUUUUCAUCAAUUUCAUCUGGGUAUCGAUGUUUCCUCCAUUGCUCCUUCAGGUUUUCUUGUAAUGCUUCUAUUUCUUGUUUUUGUUGUUUGUUUGCCUUUUUGGGUUUUGGCUCUUCUUCCUUCGUUUCUUUGAGUUUUUGGGUUUGUUUUUGCCUUUUCUGACAUUUUUGGGGUUUCUGUGUUUUCUUGUCUGGAAUGUUCUUGGGAUUACUCUGUUUUCAUAGAUUGGUUUGUUGUUGGGCUUUAACUUUAUUUUAUUUUAUUUUUAUUUUUUUCCCUUUUUCUGUGGGAUUGAAAUGAAAUGAAGCUUCCCUUUGAUGGGUUUUGUUAGAAAUUCUCUGUUUGCUGAAGUGGUUAAUGUGGUGGGAAAGUUGAUUUUUGCUUUCGUUUGCUUUUGGUCUAUAAUGGGUUUUUGCCAUGCAAUGUGUUUCUCAUAGAGGAAGAGAAAAAGGAAGAGGAAGAUCUGGUUUGGCAGCUUCAAAAUCAAAAGGGGUUUUUGUUGGAACAUUUUAAUCUUUAUGGCUUUUUUGUGUUGUCAUUUCUCCAUUUUUCUUGUUGUUGGGCUUCUUUCAAAUUCCCAGUUUUUGAGAGCUGAGCUUGAUGAUCAAAUCACCAUGUCCACCAUUAAAGAGGAGCUUCAAGUUCCUGGGUGGAGCUCAAAUAUCUCUGAGUACUGCUCUUGGAAAGGUGUUCAUUGUGGUUUGAAUCACUCCAUGGUUGAAACUCUUGAUCUUUCUGGUCAUUCUCUUAGAGGUAAUUUAACUCUGAUUUCUCAGCUCAAAGCUCUGAAAUGGCUUGACAUAUCCUACAAUGACUUCCAUGGCGAGAUUCUGUCGAGUUUUGCAAGCUUACCAGAGCUCGAAUUCCUUGAUUUGUCUGUGAAUAAGUUUGAUGGUUCGAUCCCGCCUCAGUUUGGUGGUCUCAAGAACCUGAAAUCAUUGAACCUCUCCAAUAAUCUGUUGGUGGGAGAAAUUCCAGAUGAGCUUCAAGGCUUAGAGAAGUUGCAAGAUUUUCAAAUUUCUAGCAACAGGUUGAGUGGUUCAAUUCCAAACUGGGUUGGAAAUUUGAGUCAUCUAAGAGUUUUUACAGCCUAUGAGAAUGACUUUGGUGGUGUAAUUCCUGACAAUCUUGGUUCAGUUUCUGAACUUCAAGUGUUGAAUCUGCAUACCAACAGGCUUGAAGGCUCAAUUCCUCGAAGCAUUUUUGCUUCAGGGAAGCUUGAGAUUUUGGUUCUUACACAAAACAGAUUGACUGGCAAUCUUCCUAAAGAGAUUGGGAACUGCAAAAGGCUUACUAGCGUCCGAGUCGGGAACAAUAAUCUUGUUGGUGUGAUUCCUCCAGCCAUUGGAAAUGUUACUAGCCUUGCUUACUUUGAAGUGGAUAACAAUCACCUUUCGGGUGAUAUAGCAUCUCAGUUUUCACGGUGCUCUAACCUUACUCUGCUGAAUCUAGCCUCGAACGGGUUCACUGGGGUGAUUCCUCCUGAACUAGGAGAGCUAAUGAAUCUGCAGGAGCUUAUUCUUUCUGGUAAUAGCCUGUAUGGUGACAUUCCAAGAUCGAUGCUCAGUUGCAAGAAUCUCAACAAGCUUGAUUUAAGCAGCAAUAGAUUUAAUGGUACUAUUCCUUCAGAUAUCUGCAAUAUAUCAAGAUUGCAAUACUUGCUUUUGGAACAGAAUUCAAUAAAAGGAGAGAUACCUAAUGACAUUGGAAAAUGUACAAAGCUUCUUGACCUGCGACUCGGUAGUAACUAUCUGACUGGAAGCAUCCCUUCCGAGAUUGGUCGUAUUAAGAACUUACAGAUAGCUUUGAACUUGAGCUUCAACCAUCUAAAUGGACCAGUGCCUCCUGAGUUGGGGAAACUUGAUAAACUGGUUUCGUUAGAUUUAUCGAACAAUCAUCUUUCGGGCGAUAUCCCUUCUGAGCUCAAGGGCAUGUUAAGCUUGAUCGAGGUGAAUUUUUCAAAUAAUCUGUUUACUGGUUCUAUUCCAUUUUUUGUUCCAUUCCAGAAAAGUGCAAAUUCCAGUUUUCUGGGGAACGAAGGCCUUUGCGGGGCACCACUAAGCAUUUUGUGUAAGAAUUCGAUUGGUAUCAAUCAAGAUUACCAUCACAAGGUUUCAUACAAGAUCAUACUGGCUGUCAUUGGUUCUGGGCUGGCAGUUUUUGUAUCGGUUACUAUAGUUGUCUUACUUUUUGUGAUGAAAGAAAAGCAGGAAAAAGCAGCAAAAUCUUCUGGGACUGCAGAUGAUGAAAAGAUCAAUGAUCAACCACCGAUAAUAGCAGGAAAUGUCUUCGACAACAAUCUUCGACAGGAAAUAGAUCUCGAUGUAGUUGUGAAAGCAACUUUGAAGGAUUCAAACAAGCUCAUCUUUGGCACUUUUAGUAGUGUUUAUAAGGCGGUUAUGCCUUCGGGUAUGAUCGUAUCAGUUAAGAGACUAAAAUCCAUGGAUAAGACAAUCAUUCAUCAUCAAAGCAAGAUGAUUAGAGAACUUGAAAGGCUUGGCAAACUGAACCAUGCUAAUCUUUUGCAACUCAUUGGAUAUGUAAUAUAUGAAGAUGUGGCUCUGUUGCUUCAUAAUUACUUACCCAAUGGGACAUUGGCUCAGCUUCUUCAUGAAUCCACAAAACAACCUGAAUAUGAACCUGAUUGGCCCACAAGAUUUUCCAUUGCCAUUGGAGCAGCAGAAGGGCUUGCUUUCCUUCAUCAUUUGGCCAUAAUCCAUCUUGAUAUUUCAUCAUCUAAUGUUCUUUUAGAUGCCAACUUCAAACCUUUGGUUGGAGAAGUUGAGAUCUCAAAACUUUUAGAUCCAUCAAGAGGAACUGCAAGUAUUAGUGCAGUUGCAGGUUCAUUUGGCUACAUUCCACCAGAAUAUGCAUACACAAUGCAAGUUACGGCCCCAGGAAACGUUUAUAGCUACGGUGUCAUCUUGCUUGAGAUCCUCACUACCAGACUGCCAGUUGAUGAGGAAUUUGGUGAAGGAGUAGAUUUGGUGAAGUGGGUGCAUAGUGCUCCUUCGAGGGGUGAAACUCCUGAACAGAUACUCGAUUCCCGGCUGAGCACGGUGUCGUUUGGCUGGAGGAAGGAGAUGCUUGCAGCACUUAAGAUUGCAUUGCUUUGUACUGAUAGCAUACCAGCCAAGAGGCCAAAAAUGAAGAAGGUGGUGGAAAUGCUUAUGGAGAUCAAGCAAAAUUGAUGGGCUCCUGACUUUCCCGAGUUUUUGAUGUUGUGAAUUUUUUCGAGGAACGCCAUGCUUGAUGCGAGAUAAAUGAUUCGGAAUGGAGGUUGAAUUCGAGUACUUCAAACUAAUGCAAUUGUUUUAAUGAAGGCGGGAAUGAGUGUCCAUACAUAAUUGUAUAGUCUGGUUGUUGUUUUCUGAUCAUCAACCAACCGGAUUUGUGACAAAAGAAAGUAUAUUACAUAAUGGUUGAUGUGUAAUCUCUUCUUUGAGUUGAAUACAGAUAGUUGUGAGUUGCUCUAAUGAGAUUGAGAGACUUGUGCAAUGAAGUAAAGUUGAAAAGGAAGGCACAACA